AUGCUACACCCACUGCUGCUUGCCUGGCUCUGCCUGGCUGGCUGGCUUGGGGCCUCCCACGGCUGCCAGCUGCCCUCUGAGGGGAGACCCCUGAGUGAGGGCUGCCACCCCAAGCAGGCUGAGAUCAUUGUGUACACCAAGGUGCUGGCGCUGUACCAGGACGGGCAUGGCCUGUGCAGCUACCUGCCUGCCCUGGCA